UGAAAAACAAUUUAGGUUAUGAUAUGGACACUUCCUGUUUAUUAUUACUGGCGGGAAACUGAAGUUUUGUCUACUGGAACAAGAGAAACAUUUUACAAACACAACUUUUUCCAGAGAUGCAGCGAUCGAUAACAGCAUUCUUUGCUUCCCCAAGGGUGAAAAACAAGGAAGAAGAAAAGACCAUAGAAAAGAAAGAUGAUUCUAAAAAAAAGGUUCCAAAGAAAUCUCCCCUGAAACCUAAGAAUUCAUCUCCACCGAAAAAAGACUUGGAUUCUCCAGUCAAAGCUCCUAGCAAAAAGAAAAGUCGAGCUCGAAUUAUAGAAAGUGAUGAUGAGUAUGAGGAAGAAAAUAACAAGGAGUCUGUUGCCAUGGAAACAGAAGAAGCAGAUCAAACAAAAGAUGUAGAGAAAGAAGAAAAGACCGAUAAGAAUGACGAAAAGGGAGAAGAUGAAAAAGAAGAAGACUCUGGUGUAUCUUCUCAGUCUUCCACAGAAGUAACAGCUACCUCUCCAGCGGCUAAAUCACCAUUUGGAAUCCCUGUCAGGAAAACUGCUCGUAAAUCAAUGGGUAGCAAGAGAAAAACAUUGAACUACAGUGAUGAGGAUAAAACACCAUCCAAGAAAAGUAAGAUGGGGUCUAAGACAGAGGAAGAAGGGGCUGAAACAACUGACAAAUCACCAGAAAAAUCAACAAAAGGAAAGGAAAAGUCGACAGGCUCUAAAAAAAAUAAUAAAUCAAAGAAAGAAAAACCUGAGGAAAAGACGGAUUGUGAAAAUGUUGAAAUGGAAGACGAGGACAAGGGAUCAAAAGGAGAUAAAAAGGAAGAAACAAAUUCGAAAAAGACCGAUUCAGAUGAUGUUGAGAUGAAGUCUGAUGAAGAACCAAGUGAAGAGGAGUCGAACAAAACCAGAAAAGGCAGUGCUAAAGCUUCACCGAAAACCAGAAAGGAUUCUACAAAAAGUAAUAAAAAGUCACCCAAGGAGAAAAAAGAGAAAACACCUAAAGUUAAAAAAGAAAGUAAGAAAAAAAGUCCAAAAUCUAAAAAAGAAUCUAAAAAAGAACCAGCGGAGGAAAGUAAAUCUGCAUCAGACACAGAAAUUGACAAAAGAGAGGAAGAAGAAGAAUCAAAAGAAGAGAAGAAAGUUUCUAUAAAGGCUGAACCCAAAACUCCUGUCCACAGCUUCUUUGCCCCAAAGAAAACCACAGUAAAGACAGAAGAUAAUAAAGAGGAGAUUAAGACAGAACAGAAAAAGGACAAAUCAAAGGAAGAAGGAACACAGAAGGAAGAGAAUAGUAAGAAGAAAGAAAAUAAGGAAGAAGAAAAAGCAGUUAAGAAAGAAACAGCAACUAAAAUAAACCCGUUUGGUAGUAAGAAGGAAGAGACUUCCACCUACCACCCAAGUAAAUCACGCUACCACCCGAUUGAUGAUGCUUGUUGGAAACCUAAAGAAAAAGUACCAUAUCUUGCACUGGCCAAGACAUUUGAAGCUAUUGAAGAGAUAUCUGCAAGGUUGAAGAUCGUUGAUAUCCUGUGUAAUUUUUUCCGUUCUGUGAUUGCCCUGAGCCCCGAUGAUCUUCUGUUCUGUGUGUAUCUGUGCCUCAACAAGCUGGCCCCAGCCUACGAGGGCGUGGAGCUGGGGAUCGGGGAAACCGUCCUCAUGAAGGCCAUCGCUCAGUCCACAGGAAGAAGUAUGGACAAGAUAAAGUUGGAUGCCCAGGAGAAGGGUGACCUUGGAAUAGUUGCAGAAUCUAGUCGGAGUAACCAGCGGACAAUGUUUGCCCCUCCCAAGCUGACCAUUAGAGCUGUGUUUACCAAGCUGAAGGAAAUAGCGCUCAUGUCUGGCAAUAAUGUGAUGUCUAAGAAGAUUGACAUCAUCAAAGGUCUGUUUGUAGCAUGUCGACAGUCAGAGGCACGCUACCUCAUCCGAUCACUAGGAGGCAAGCUCAGGAUCGGUCUGGCUGAACAGAGUGUCCUCACAGCUCUCGGCAAUGCUGUGUUCCUUACACCUCCUGGUCAAGAUUUCCCUCCAGAGAUACUUGAUGCUGGAAAAGGCCUGUCAGCUGAGAAUUUAAAAAAGAAGAUGGAAGAAUCAGCUCUUACUAUAAAAUCUGUAUAUUGUGAAUGUCCAAAUUAUGGCUCCAUCAUAUCAACUUUGAUGAAGAAAGGUAUAGAAGAUCUACCUAAACACUGCAAACUGACCCCAGGUAUUCCUCUAAAACCAAUGUUGGCCCAUCCAACCAAAGGUGUCGGUGAGGUGCUAAAGAGAUUUGAGAAUGCAGAAUUUACCUGUGAAUACAAAUAUGAUGGAGAACGUGCACAGAUACAUAUAUUAGAAAAUGGUACUGUCAAUAUAUACAGUAGAAAUUCUGAGAAUAACACAACCAAGUACCCAGACAUCAUAGCCAGGGUCCCUAAGGUGAUGAAGGACUCUGUAAAGUCCUGUGUGAUAGACUCGGAGGCAGUGGCCUGGGACGCGGAGAAGAAACAGAUACAGCCUUUCCAGGUUCUUAGUCACAGGAAACGAAAGGAUGCAGAUGCAUCAGAAAUAAAGAUCCAAGUGUGUGUGUAUGCAUUUGACCUGCUCUACCUCAAUGGUGAAUCACUUGUGAAGGAGCCCUUCAAGCGCCGGCGGGAACUGCUGCACGAGUCGUUUGAGGAAGUGGAGGGAGAGUUCGUGUUCGCUAAGUCUAUGAUCUCCUCAGAUACUGAGGAAAUAGCCGUCUUCCUGGACGAAUCUGUCAAAGGAAACUGUGAAGGACUCAUGGUGAAAACUUUAGAUGUAGAUGCCACAUAUGAAAUUGCAAAGAGGUCUCACAAUUGGCUGAAGCUUAAGAAAGACUACCUGGAAGGUGUAGGGGACACUCUAGACCUGGUGGUCAUUGGAGGCUAUCUGGGAUCUGGCAAGAGGACGGGAAAAUAUGGAGGGUUCUUGUUGGCAUGUUACGAACCAGAGAGUGAAGAGUUCCAGUCCAUAUGUAAGAUUGGUACAGGGUUCAAGGAUGAUGAUCUGGAGCAGCAUGCUACAUUCUUCAAGGAGCAGCUGAUUGACAAGCCAAAACAGUACUACUGUUGGGACAGUUCCCACGAGCCUGACCACUGGUUUGAGCCCGUCCAGGUGUGGGAGGUCAAGUGUGCUGACCUCUCCAUAUCACCCACUCACAGGGCAGCGUCAGGCAUCGUCGAUCCAGAGAAAGGUAUUUCUCUACGGUUUCCACGGUUCCUGAGAAUCCGAGACGAUAAGAAACCAGAAGAUGCCACCUCAGCCUCACAGGUGGCAGACAUGUACAAAAACCAGGACCAGAUUCAGAACCAACAGUCAACCUCAGGGCCAAGCAAGGAGGGAGACGAGGAAGAGUUCUAUUGAAAGGGAGACUACUACUCCAUGAUAUUUGGCAUUGCUCUAUUAAAUGGGAAACUACUCAUUUGAACAUCCAAUGUUUAUAAUUUAUAUGAUACUGCUUAUUUAAAUCUCACUUUUAUAAUGUGCUACUUCAGCACAACUUAAAAUGUAGAAGAGAUAGAAACAGUUAAUGGAAGUUUGAUAUCAAAUUUUUACAGGGCAGCAAUAUUGAAUGUUUCAUUUACGAAUUGAUAUAAAAAAUGAGUGAUUAUGUUGGAUCUAAUUGUUUGUGAAGAGUAUCAUGAGGAUGAUAAUGUGUAGUUCUACCAUAUAUUUUUCAUGUAUUAGCUCAAAUUCAUUAAGGUUUCUAUGUCCACUAUUGGAGGAUCAUGUCAUGAUAUUAGAAACAGAAACUUAAAAUAUUUUUAUGAUGUUGAUAUAACUAAUAAAUAUUAAAGAAAAAAGAAAAAACAAAAUUGGCUUUAUAU